AUGUCUUCGACCGGGGACUUCGGAAACCCUCUAAGAAAAUUCAAAUUGGUCUUUCUUGGGGAACAAAGUGUGGGAAAAACAUCUCUCAUCACCAGGUUCAUGUAUGACAGCUUUGACAACACGUAUCAAGCCACAAUAGGUAUAGACUUCCUGUCAAAAACCAUGUAUCUUGAAGACCGAACAAUAAGGUUGCAGUUGUGGGACACUGCAGGCCAAGAACGCUUUCGCAGUCUCAUCCCAAGUUACAUUCGAGAUUCUGCUGCUGCUGUUGUUGUAUAUGACAUCACAAAUGUCAACUCCUUCCAGCAAACAACAAAGUGGAUUGAUGAUGUGCGAACAGAGAGGGGAGGUGAUGUCAUCAUCAUGUUGGUUGGAAACAAGACAGACCUCGCAGACAAAAGGCAAGUAUCUAUUGAAGAGGGUGAGCGGAAAGCCAAAGAGCUAAAUGUAAUGUUUAUUGAGACUAGUGCGAAAGCAGGCUACAAUGUAAAGCAGGUAAGAAGUGUGAGUCGUGCUCUGGACCUGUAUAUGCUAGUGUCUUUGCUCACUGACCAACAGCACCUAAUUAUACAAAUUACUACAGAGGAGGGAGAGCAGAGGGCAAAAGAGAUGAAUGUUCUGUUUAUUGAAACAAGUGCAAAGACAGGCUACAAUGUCAAACAGCUUUUCCGCCGUGUGGCAGCUGCGCUUCCCGGGAUGGAUGCCACACAGGACAAGAGCAGAGAGGACAUGAUUGAGAUAAAACUUCCAGACUCUCCAGAACAACCCAACAGUGAAGGAGGCUGCUCAUGCUGA